CUGCUAUAUAACCCUUCCAUUUUGACGCAGUGGUUAUCAAACGGCCACAACGAAGAGGGUGCUGUUAGUGAGCAGAAGAAAAAAAAUAAAAAAUAAAAAAAGAGCAACAAAAUUCCAAAAUGUCUGACGAAGGAAAGCUUUUUGUUGGCGGACUUAGCUUCGACACAAACGAGCAGUCCCUGGAAGACGUCUUCUCCAAAUAUGGACAUGUCUCGGAAGUUGUGGUGAUCAAGGACAGAGAAACCGGUAGAUCUAGGGGGUUUGGUUUCGUCACGUAUGAAAACACGGAAGAUGCUAAGGAUGCUAUGAUGGCAAUGAAUGGAAAGUCUGUUGAUGGCAGACAGAUCCGGGUUGACCAGGCUGGCAAGUCUUCCGGAAACAGAGGUGGUGGAUACAGAGGUGGCUCCGGGGGUGGACGUGGUGGUGGAGGACAGUACUUCAGAGGGGGCAGAGGUGGGAGAGGUGGUGGAGACAGAAGCUAUGGUGGUGGCGGCCGUUUUGAUGGCCAGCGAAGCGGUGGAUACUCUUCUGAUAGAAGUUAUUACAACAGGGGGCAGGGAAGUUAUGACAGAGGCAACAACUACAGAGAUGGCUAUGACAGCUAUGCUACACACGAAUAAAAAAUCCUUCCUGGUUCAAGAUCCUCUUCGGUGGCGCUGUUUAUAAAGAUAUAAUCUUUGAAGAAUCUGUUUUUUCUAGUGUCUUGUUUAAUAAAAUCUGUAGUUUCUGGUUGUGACCUUGUCUCACACAGCCUGACCGCUUCUGAUAAUGAGAAACAAAAACCCAACUUUUUUUUACCUUAUUUUAGCUCAUGUGUUUCUAACAGCUUUAUUAGCAGUUUAUCUUGGUUAAAUUUCACAUUUAAAAUUGAGUGUUAAGUCUUCCCUCAGGUAUAAUGCAAGAUUUAAGUGAAGGAAGAUUGUUAAAUUUUAUUUAGUUUUAUUUUGUUAAACUUUUGAGCACAUUUCUAUCACCAGAAGCUUGACCAGCUGUAAAAUUAAGUCUGUGCGCCUUCAGUUUCCUGUAAUGCAUUCCUUUAGUGUAGCAUGGUAGGAGUGCAGCCUGGGUACAGUCUUUUCCAGCAAACCACCUUGAUAUGGCUAUAGGCACUGUAUUUACAAUGUCAAGAGUGAAUUACUUUUGGACAACUUUGCCGUUGGGUAAUUAAUUGGCUGGCUACUUAAUUGCAGUGGCCUAAAUUUCAGAGGCAGUCUGCUACAGGCUUUACAGAUUUCACUCUUUGCAACAUGUACGUUCUGAAUCCGAUCUCUGUAAUAAACUUGCAGUAGAGUUCUUGGUUUUCAAUAUGUACCUGCCAAACUGUCCCUUUUUUUUUUUUUUUUCACUGGAAAACUAAAUUGUGCUUUUGCGUUCUCUGUAUCAAACAUUCAAGAAACUUAUUUUGUAAUUUUUGGCUUCAUGAAGCCCAUUAAACAACUGGUUGAAUCUG